GUCCAGCGUUCGACUCCGUUAAUUCAACUUCGUUUCUAGAGCAGGAUCAUAAAUUCGGCCAGGAUUUCACAGUGCGAAAAUUUUUGAGAAAAAUCUAAAUUUUCCGGGACGUAGCUUGCAACGAAGCUGGAUUAACGACGAACUUUAUAACAUGGAACAGAGUAUCAAAACAUUAUUAGCAACAUAAUUUUCCAAAACGGAAAAUAAUCUUUUUUGGAGAUUUGAAAAAAGUUAAAUUUUUUCUACUGAUUGCAGCAUUGCGAUCUAAACAAAAAUUUCAGCACGGUCUUUCUGAUUUAUUAGAAUCAGAUUAACAUUUACAGUGGAAAAAUAAUCUAUAAAUUUCCCGAAUUUCCAAUAUUUAUCCGCAACCUCAAAGUUCAAGUUUCAGUAAGGUGUCAGGUGUAUGCUAAAAGGAAUACAUAAUCAACACUCAGGACUAACUGUUUCAAGGUUCCAGUAACAGGAAUAACAAAGUCACGUAGUCGCAAACUUUGGGAGACUAUUAGAAACGUCCAGAUCAUUCUUGGACACUGUUUUCUUUGCCAUACCUCAAAAAUUGGGUUAUGGGUAUCAAUGGCGUCAAUGUGCUGGCGACAGUAGCAAUUGUAACAUUGAGCGCUCACCUGCUGCAUGGCUUGGAGAAUGGACUCGCCCGCACCCCGCCAAUGGGCUGGCUCGCCUGGGAGCGAUUUCGGUGCAACACUGACUGCAAAAAUGACCCCGACAACUGUAUCAGUGACAGGCUGUUUAGAACGAUGACAGACCUUGUGAUCUCAGAGGGCUACGCAGAUGUUGGUUAUGAAUACAUCAACAUAGAUGACUGCUGGCUGGAUAAGGAGAGAAGCUACAGCGGUCAUCUACAGCCAGAUGCCGAAAGGUUUCCCUACGGCAUCAGGGAUUUAUCAGAUUAUGUUCAUUCGAAAGGAUUGAAGUUCGGUAUCUAUGAAGAUUAUGGAAACUACACAUGUGCAGGAUACCCUGGUUCUCUGGGUUAUCUCGAAAACGAUGCUCAACUAUUCGCUUCAUGGAACGUCGACUAUGUCAAGCUGGAUGGAUGCUAUUCACACCCUAAAGACAUGGAUGUUGGUUACCCUGAAUUUGGAUACCACUUGAAUAGGACAGGUAAAGCCAUGGUCUACUCUUGCAGUUGGCCAGUCUACCAGAUAUACGCAGGCACUCAGCCGAACUUCACGAAAAUCAUUGAGAACUGUAAUCUGUGGCGCAAUUUCGACGACAUCCAAGACUCGUGGGCCAGCCUGGAGUCGAUUAUCGACUACUACGGCAAUAAUCAGGACAACAUAAUUCCAAACGCCGGUCCCGGCCAUUGGAAUGACCCUGACAUGUUGAUAAUCGGCAAUUUCGGACUGAGCUACGAGCAGAGCAAGGUGCAGAUGGCGAUGUGGGCGAUUUUGGCCGCUCCACUCCUGAUGUCAGUCGACCUGCGCUCCAUUCGGCCCGAGUACAAGGCCAUCCUUCAGAACAAGAAGAUCAUCGCCGUCGACCAGGAUCCCCUCGGCAUUCAGGGCAGGCGGAUAUACAAGCAUAAGGGGAUAGAGAUCUGGGCGCGACCAAUCACUCCCAUCUCACACAGCUACUUCUCCUAUGCAGUUGCUUUCCUCAACAGAAGAACCGACGGAACCCCCUCAGAUGUGGCCGUCACCUUACAGGAGAUGGGAUUAGUGGCUCCAGGAGGAUACAGAAUAGAGGAUUUAUAUGAAGACGUAGACUAUGGCGUUCUUACACCGCAGACGAAGAUCAAAGUAAAAGUCAAUCCAUCGGGAGUCGUUAUUCUGAGAGCAGACGUCCAACCGAUUCCUUACAGACAACAAUCAACACCUUACAACCCAUUCAGGCAAAUAUUUCGACCGACAACUGUAUCACCCAACUCUUUCAAAUAAAACAUCCGAAAGUCUGCAUUGAUUCGAAACAUUGGAACAUUUCAAUAGCAGUGAAGAACAAUUAGAAACUAGACAGAUAGUAAGAAUAGUAUGAAAGAGAAUGCGUGAGGUAAUACCCGGUUACAAAAAAUAAUAGUAAUCUAAAAAAAUAAUUAUAGCUAUUAUUUUUAGUGAAAAAAAGUAAAACUUCAAUAGUGAUUGUUUAAUAAUAAUUUUAUAUCGCAGUCUAGAAUUUAUAUAUCUAUUCUCAUCUGUAGUUUUGCUUUAAAUUACUCACUCAAAUUUAAUAGAACAAUGUUGUAAUUUUGUACAGCUAUGAAAGUGAAUUUAUGAAAGGGAACGGAGUGAAUUUUUAACUAUUAUUUAUUACCUUAUGUAUAUAAAUAAGUUUAGCGAUCAAACUAGAUUAUUUUGUAACUGAGCCAUGAAUCUCUUUUGGCUUCUGAUACAAUUUAUUCGAAGAUAACUGUCAUAGGUUUUCAAUAUAAAUUAGAAUUUAAAAGUUAGUUGACCUGGUCUGAGUAUAACAAUAUUCAUGAGGAAAUAAUACCCUGUAAAUAUCUGUCCAUCUCUUCUGAUUAUUAUUUUGUUGGCUAUUUUUCUUGAAUCUGUAAUCCAAUAUUGAUAAAUCUAAAAUCCUUUCGAUUCAAUAACAUGUUAUAUUUUUUCCAAACUUUAUUGAAACCCCAAUAGUCCUUAGUAACCU